AUGGAGACCCUUCCAACAGAAUUAGUGGAAAUAGUGGUGGGCUGGCUAGAUUUCCCGGAUAUCUGCGCUCUCCGCCUGACUGGCCAUACCAUCUCAUCCAAAACCUCCACUGCUGUUAUCUUGCGACGGCUCUUCUCUUCCAGAAGAUUGGAAAUGACCCAAGCCUCCCUGGAACAGCUGGUUCGCUUCACCCAGCCAGGACAGGUUGGUCUCUGGCUUCAACGGCUCACGCUAUACGACUGGCCGGAACGCGAGCAGACCGGUGCUGAUCUUACUGCAACCGAGCUACUAUCGCAAGCAUUGGAAAACAUACGCGACCGGCCAUCGCCUCACCAGGAUAGCUACUUGUCUAUCUCGCUUGAGAUCAACAACGACGAAGAUGACCGAGACAUCCCGGCCCGGGUGUUCCACGUGGUCAUCUCCGCCAUCGCGACAACCAAGAUCCCCAUUCACGGACUGGAGAUCUUCACAGAAGCCUAUGAGCUGGUGGAGACAAAUAUGGGCAGUUUGGCAUUCAGUGAUAUCACCCUUGCUCUAUCACGCCACAGGGAAAACCUGGCAACGUCAUUGCAGAACUGCAGGAAAUUCAGCCUGAGCCUAGGGCACUCGACCCGCGGAUUGGUUUAUGAGAGCGGAGUGUAUCGUUUACCGCUGACCCUGGAUGACGCCCGACAAAAUACCCAAUCACUUUGCGAUCUCCUAAACAUGUGUCCCCUACUCGAAGAAUUACGCCUUGCGUGGGUGUAUGAAGACUACUUUGAGGAAACAGACGCGUCUACUGAAGAACUAGAGUUUUUUGGUCCGGUGGGCAUGUCGUGUAAUGCCUCGGCUGGUGAGCUUGAGCCUGGAUGA